GCGACUCUGCAACGGGGAUGCAGCGCACGCGCCCGACUGAGGCAGUUGCCGCGUGGGCCGGGCAUUCGUUGGGAUAACGGUCCCACCUGCCGCCCAGCAGGAGGGAGCCUGAGGGGAACAUGGACAAAAGAUACCUAACCCAGAUGGAUGAGCAGAGCACCUUGCCCAAAACAAAACUGGUGUCUCGUCUCCAGUUGGGACCAGAGAAUAGAGAAAUACCACAUAUGGUUGAAGGAAGGUAUAUUAUGCAUGAACAAGCUGUCAACAUUGAGGAAAACAGCAGUUCACUGUAUCCUACUGCACUCCGUACAGCAGUUUACAGAACCGGCACAGAAAGGAAACACAAAACAACAGUAAAGGAAGGAAAGAUGGGCUUUGAAUAUGUACUCUCAAGAAAACUGAGAGAGUGUCCUGAAAUGGCUCAGUGCGAGACGAUGAUAUCCUUAGAGCUGAAGAAUGACACUGGAAAGAUUCCUGUUCAUGAAAAAGUUCAGCAUGUUAUUGGCACAUCAGUGUCUUAUACCAUAGAUAGUGAAGGAAAGUAUAAUAAGCAUAAGCUUAAAAUGGCAGAAAAAGAAGAUGAUGAUAAAGAGACUGAAAUUCAAACAGUUGUUUCAGAACCAAGUUGCCAUACAAAGAUCUGUAAACAACAGAAAGCUGGAACAUCUCAUAACAAACCUAUUAGGGAAAAAGUUUACUCUUAUGAUAGAACAGAACCAAUUGAUGAUGUGAUAAAGCAUAUUUUGAGGCUGAGAGGCAAACUUGGCUGGCAAACAGUAUUACCACCACGUGGAUACAUAGCUGAAGAGACGAAGGCAACUAUAAUUCAGAAGAUUGCACUUCAGAGACCUUUAUUACUGAAAGAUAGUGGAGAAUAUGUAUAUUGUCUCAGAAGAAGCAGGAACAACCCUAAGGCUCCCUAUAAUCCAUACGAUCUUCAAGUUGUCUCUGCAAAUUCAGCUAGACAUAAAAAAGAAUAUUGGACCAUUACUGCUUCAUUUGUAUCCAAGUUUUCUGUAUUACACAAAGCAGAAGAAAUGGAAAUAAUUCCUGUAAUAGAAUGGCUAUGUGAAAGACAACUUUAUUACAUGAUAUGUAAUUUUAAUGUGUUUUCCAAUGUCAGAAUGAAGAAAUAUUUUUUCACCUGGAAAAUCAAUGUUCGAAGAGCUAAAACAACCAAGAGCAAAACUAUGAUGUACAACCAGCUUUUUUUGGCUGAUGAAUUAUUUCUAAGCUGCUUGCUUUAUAUCCAAGGACUGUGUGAAGAUGCAUGUAACAUUAAUUGCUGCAAAGGAUCAGAAGAUAAUGCAAUUUAUUUGAUAAAGGUGGACAGAUCUCGCACGUAUUCUUUGGAUGAGUUUUGUGAGGAGCAAUAUCAACAGAACAAAGAAGCACUUCAUCAGCUACAGGCUUUCAGGGAGAAAGUAAUUAAAGCCAUUCAAAGUACCUUUUUAAGGGUGGCAGAAAUGAAGGGAGCUCAAAACCUUUUUCAGUCUGUGCCAAGUGACAGCAAAGAAAAUCCAAAAUAUGCUGAGAUAAGUGAAUGGCGUCAGAUGAUGAAACGCUUUUCAAGGUUUCUUCUGCUAGUUGACAAGAUCUUCCAAGAACUGCUACGUAAACUGGUGCACAAUGCUGUCCAGCUGCUACUGGAGUUAUUUAAGGGUUCCAGCAAUGUGACCAAUCCAGAUGAAAAGAAGAAUGAAAACCUUAUAAGGUUAUUUCUGGCACUCUUGGUCGCGAGCACGGGUUUAAAAUGUUUUAAUUUUAUUAUAUUAUUUUCUUAUGUAACACAGCUAACAACUAUCCAGUUAUCUGUAUACCGCCUAAACAAUGUGUCCUCCACCCAGACUUCCAGAGAUGACCCUCUAGAGGUGGCAGUUAUUUAUAAGAACACUCUUGUGAGACUAUCUGGCCAGUUGGAUGUAGAAUACAGUUCAGUAGGAGUAUCUAAAGAUUUCAUUCAAGAUUUUGAGAGAUCAUCUCAAGAACCAUCUUUCCAUUCAAGGGAGGACAAAGUUUUAAAACCUGAAAUAAUUACUGUUGCUGAUAUUGACAAGGUGCUAGAAGAUGUAAAAAAGCAACUGGAAGGAGAGCAAGAAUAUGCACCAGUAUUUGAAGUAAAUAUAGGUCUAAGAAUUCCUUUUGAGAAGAUUAAUGAUAGGGGCAGUCAUCCGGAGGAUGAUCUGGAGCCCUGUGAGAUGCAAGAUGAUGAUUAUUUUUCACUGACCUCAGUAGAGUUUCUGAAGCAAAGGUUAAAAGAUGAUGAAAAUUUGAAAAGUUGGUCCCAGAGUAACAGUAAAAGGGCAUGUGAGGAGCUGUCGGAAAAUACAAAGAAACAAGAGACAUUUAAAUUAAGUCAAGGAAAAACUGACUUUUCUGCAGGCAAAGCAGAAGUCAACCCUGAAUCAGAUAAUAAAGCAGAAUUAAAACAGGAAUGUUCUUCAUCAUUCUGUACAGAUAUCUUUUUAAUUCCCAAUAGAAGACAGUUUUCUAAAAAAUUACAAGGAAUUGUGGAUGGUCUAGAAAAUACUACCGGGAUUGUCUCUGAAAGGGUUUAUUCAAUACCUAAUUGGGAUGAAAAUCUACAUUAUCACUCUCAUAUGCCCUGGUACCAGCCUCCCUGGAGCCCUCCCUCUCUCGCAUAUGGGGCAUCACAAUGGCCUUUUUGGAACAUGUGGGAACCUUUUGGGGAUAGAUAUGUGACGGUGCAAAAGCAUUCCAAUGAGAAGAUUCAUGGAAGACAACCAGUGUUGCCACAGCCUCUUCCUAUUCACUCUGUUCAGAAUGAAGACAUAUGUCAGGUUAUUCCAUUUUCUCGUGAUACUCAUCUGUCAGUCUUCAUCACUCAGUCUUUACAUAAAAUAAUGCAGUCACCUGAAAGUUGUACAGAAUUGUGGGAAAAAGAAAUAUUAAAUCUACAGAUUUUGACUCUUCUGUCUAUUCUUAGUAGUUCAAUGGAACAAGUUGAAUCUUAUAGCAGAAACUUUUUGCGAUACUGUGCCAUGGUGAAUGAAGCUAAAACUAUGAAUAUGGAAAUCUUAGCACUACAAAGGGAAUUAUCGUCACAUGAUUUCAGAGGAAUCUUAAAUAAGUAUACAGAUGAUGUAAAUGAGAUUAUAUGUAUGACUAUUGAAAGACGCAUUCAUAUGAUUAAGGUCAGAAGUGUUAAAUAUCAAACAGACUGCCUGCCAUAUUUUGAAACCCUGGUUAAUAUAAUACGUUCAUCAUUGUAUGCAAUAGUUGAAGCAAGGAACUCACAUCUCUCAGAAGUUAUCCAUUCAGCACUUAGAAAGCUGGACAAAGAUCUCACAACAGUGGAAGAAUUUAUUGAGCACUUGACCUUUCUGAGCCAAAUUUCCUCAGAGUUGCCAAUGCUAGAGACUCAGUAUAACACUCUUUCCCAAUUGUAUUCUAUUGCAAGAGCCUAUGACUUCUUUAUUCCAGUUGAACAGUUUGCCUUAUAUCAGACCCUUACUCGCAGUCUGCAUGAUCUUAAAUCAAGUAUCCUUAUUUGUGAAAAAGGAAAAAGUGACAAUAUUAUAAAAUUCAGUGCAGAUUUGGAUGGCUAUUUUGGCAACCUACAGUUUGAACUUAGGAACUUUAAGAACAAAGUGAGAAAUCCAGUUCUCCUCCUUAGCAAAACGUUGCCUAAGACAGCUAAAGAGAUGAUCCAAAGUCUUGUGGAAGAAGUUGCAGUUAUUUCUAACAAAUCCAGAAGUUAUGCAAAUUACCAGGAUCUCUUUGACAGUUCCAUUGCUGACAUGAGAUCAUUGUCAUUGGAAAGGAUGUCACAGAAGAAUCAAGUUGGAGACUCAAGUCCUCAGAGAGUGAAUAAAGAGCUCUCUGAAGUUGAAAGUGAAUUAUCUUUGCGAAAACUCUUGUGGGACUUACUAGAGGAAUGGGGGAAGCUUUCUUUUAGGUGGAAACAUACACUUUUUCAGAAUGUUGAUGUAGAUUUAAUACAAAAGGAUGUUAGCAGAUUUAUGCAGACAAUACAGAUUCUAGAAAAAGGUUUACCAGAAAAUACUAUUAUAAUAGGUCUGAAGCAGUCACUAAGCGAUUUUAAAGAAGGCCUAUCUGUGAUUGUGUCUUUAAGAAGUCCAUGUCUUCAACCAAGGCAUUGGGAGGCUAUACGGUAUAUUAUUGGGCAAUCCAUUUCUUGGGAUAAAAAGUUUACCCUGGAGGAUGUUCUGCAACUCAAUUUGUUUCAGUACAAGAAAGAAAUCGGUGAUGUAUCAGUAACAGCAACCAAUGAAGCUACCCUUGAAAUAAUGCUGAAUAAGAUAAUUAACCUUUGGAAUAAAACUAAUUUCCGUUUGUCUCCUCACCGCUCUGAAACUUCAACUGUCAUGAUUAUUUCAUCUGCUGAAGAUAUAAUGGCUCAGUUAGAAGAAUCUCAAGUAACAAUUUCAACAAUUAAGGGUUCUUGCUAUGUUGGGCCAUUUAAGAACCUUGUAGACGCAUGGGAUCAUACGUUAAAUCUCUUCUCUCGCACCCUGGAGGAAUGGUUGACUUGCCAAAGGAAUUGGAUUUACCUGGAACCAAUCUUUCAUGCUCCAGAAAUACAAAGGCAGCUUCCAGCAGAAGCAAGUCUUUUCUCUCAGGUCAAUAACAAAUGGAAAGAGAUAAUGGCAUGUACAGAGGAUGACCCAAAUGCUCUUAGGGCAGCCACAACUGCAGGAGUCCUUGAGAUGCUGCAGACCAACAAUGCACAUCUUGAAAAAAUACAGAAGUCUCUUGAGGACUAUCUUGAGAUUAAACGAAUGAUUUUCCCAAGGUUUUACUUUCUCAGCAAUGCUGAACUUCUUGACAUUUUAGCUGAAAGCAAAAAUCCUGAGGCUGUGCAGCCUCAUCUUGUGAAAUGUUUUGCGAAUAUCAGGAAGUUAUAUAUACGCAGACAUGACCAGAACUCUCCGGUGGUGGUGAUGAUCAGUUCUGCUGAAGAAGAGACUCUCUUCGUGCCAAAGAUUAUUCGUGUUAGAGGCCCUGUUGAGCAGUGGCUAGGAAAUGUAGAGAGCAGCAUGUUUGACAUGGUAAAAAAAUUUGUAAAUAUUGGAAUGGUAGAGUGGAAUCAAAUGGAAUUUAAACAGUGGUUUCUGACUCAUCCAGGACAGGUGGUACUUCUUGUGAGCCAAAUUAUGUUUAAUAAGGAUUGUACAAGAAGUUUCCAGAGUUCUGAUCCAAAAAUGGCACUGACAGGAAUCCAUGAUGAACUAGUCCAUCAUCUAGAGCAGCUUGCAGAGAUGGCAUCUGACAUUCUUCAGUUUCACAAGCAAGCCACACUAGAGGCGUUGCUUACUCUGUACAUCCACUGUAGGGACAUACUUUCCAGUCUGAUAGAUAAACAAAUCUUCAAAAGGGAGGAUUUUGAAUGGACAAGGCAGUUGCGUUAUGAAUGGAAUGAAAUGAACACCACAUGUAGGGUAGUUCAAGGUAAUGCCUCCUUUAUUUAUGGCUAUGAGUACUUGGGCUGUUCCUCUCGAUUGGUUAUUACACCGCUCACCGACCGAUGUUGGUUAACCCUUACUGGAGCACUACACUUGAAUCUAGGAGGCUGUCCUGCUGGUCCAGCUGGUACAGGAAAAACCGAGACUGUCAAAGACCUGUCUAAAGCCAUGGGAAAACUCUGUGUGGUUUUUAAUUGUUUUGAAGGUUUGGAUUAUCAGAUGAUGGGAAAAUUCUUCUGUGGACUAGUUCAGUCUGGAACAUGGUGUUGUUUUGAUGAGUUCAAUCGCAUAGAUAUAGAAGUUCUGUCUGUAAUUGCUUCACAAAUUCAGACAAUCAAGGCAGCAAAAGAUAGACAUGUUAUCAGAUUUGUGCUUGAAGGAAAAGAAAUCCGUAUCAAUACAUCCUGUGGAAUCUUUAUUACCAUGAAUCCUGGGUACAAAGGCCGAGUAGAACUCCCAGACAAUUUAAAAUCUCUAUUUCGACCUGUCUCAAUGAUGGUACCAGAUUAUCAACUCAUUGCUGAAGUAAUGUUAUUUUCAGAAGGUUUCAAAUCAGCAAAGUCACUCUCUGGGAAAUUGGUCAAUCUUUACCAGUUGGCUUGCAAUCAGCUGUCACAACAGGAUCAUUAUGAUUUUGGUAUGAGAGCCAUAAAAACAGUGUUAUUGAGGGCUGGACAGAAGAAAAAAGAAUUAAAAAUACAAAAUUAUUAUACUAGUGUUCCUGCAGAAGAAGAAACUCUCAUUAUAAUCAAUUCAUUGAAAGAAGCUAAUUUACCCAAGUUUCUUGCAGAAGAUGUUCCUCUGUUUGAGAACAUUAUGGCAGAUCUGUUCCCAGGAAUUACAGUUCCAAGAGUAAGCACUCACAAACUAGAGAAAUCAGUAGCUGUUGCAAUGCAACAGUUAUGUUUGCAGCCUUGGGCAUCUCAGAUAGAAAAAGUUUUACAGUUUCACAAUCAAAUUCUGGCUCGGGUUGGUGUGAUGUUAGUAGGCCCUACAGGUGGAGGGAAGACAACUGUUAGAACAAUUUUAGAAAAAGCCUUGGUAAUUUUACCAACUUUAUGUUUGGAAAAAAUUUCAAAAAAUGAUGCUGUUUUGCAGAAUGCACCGAAGAAAGGAAAAGUGGAUACUUUUGUAAUAAACCCAAAGUGUGUCAGUGUUGGUGAGCUGUAUGGACAGACUGAUCCUAAUACUAUGGAGUGGUCUGAUGGAUUAUUGGCAUCAGCAGUUCGAACAUUUGCAAAACAUUCAACAAAAAAAUCUAAAAAAAUGGAGGCAAACACUGAUGCAGCUACAAGAAUACAGGACGCUUACACGUUGAACGCAAUGGAUCUAACUGAUGCUGCUGUGACUGCAAAAAACAAAGAAGUAACAGAAUCUUCGUACUCACACAGUAAAACUAUUACUGAUUGGCAGUGGAUAAUCUUGGAUGGACCAGUAGACACAGUUUGGAUAGAAAACUUAAAUACUGUGCUAGAUGAUACCAGAACUCUGUGUCUUGCGAAUAGUGAAAGAAUCUACUUACCAUCAGGAAUCAGAAUGAUAUUUGAAACGGACAGUCUCUCUCAGGCCAGUCCUGCUACUGUCAGUCGAUGUGCAAUGGUUUUUGUGGACCCAAGUAAUCUGGGAUGGGAACCUUAUGUAAAGACCUGGCUGUUAAAAGCUUCCAGAAUAAUUACACAAAGUGGCUCGGAGUGUCUUGAAAGUUUAUUUGAAAAAAGUAUAAAAAAAGGACUACAUUUUUUAGAUAAACACAAGAAAAUGCAGCCAUUUCCCGUGCAGCAGAUGGGAAUUGUAAUGAAUCUCUGCAGAAUCCUUGGUGCUUUUAUUGAUAUAAUGAGCAAAAAUGGACUCUUCUGUCACAGUGUUGAACGUCAGGACUCUGUUGCAGGUACUUCAAAAGUGUCCCAGACCCAGUAUCUCAGCUCUCAACUGACAGUUGAAGCCAAAGCACUAAUUGCAAAGGCCUCAGUAGAAAAGAAAAGGGAAGAUCAGAAAUGGUUUUUGGAAAAGUAUCCUGAUAAAUUGCCAUCAUUGUUAGAGAAACUCUAUGUCUUUGCAUUUACUUGGGCAGUUGGAGGAGUUUUAAGACGAGAGACUGAUUAUGAGGAAGAGUCUCUGAUUGGCAUAAAUACCAAAGAUGAGUCUCUUGUAACUGUAACACGUGGUUUCAGUAACUUUGUUCGUGAUAUAUUUGAAGGAGAAUCACCUAUUGGCAUUCAGUUCCCAGCUGGAGACAGGGUUAUCUUUGAGUAUUUUGUGGAUUUACAAACAGGUGACUUUGCACCAUGGACAGACUUAGUUCCUACCACUCAGUUUCUAAUUCAACAAGAGACUACAUCAUUUUCUGAUUCCCUGAGAUCUGGGAGUAAUAAAGAUGUGAACCCUGGAAGAAGAGAUACUCUAAAGCUUAUACCCAAUAUGGAAACAAUUUGCUAUUCUUUUCUAACAAGCCUUCUUUUAAUGAAUAAACAUCCAGUACUUAUCACAGGCGACUCUGGUAUUGGGAAGACUGCCAUGAUUCAAAAUAUGCUUGAAAGACUUCAGAAACAAGGGGGAUUCUUUGUAAAAUCCAGAACAAUUUUAGGAGAUGUCGUCUUACAUAAUGAAAUUAAAAAAGCAAGCAUGUUAAAGAAUUCCAGUUACCUAACAUUUGAUAUGCCCCAAGAUGCUCAGAAGAGAGUGUGGCCCUCAACUGGAGACUUGGAUUUGAAAUCAACGAAGGGGCCAUAUUCUGCAAGUGAAACUGGUGACAUUGCUCCAUCAUCUGAAAGAAUCAAGGGUGUUAUAGUUUCCACAAUACAGUGUGGUGCCCACACCAGUGCUGCCCAAAUACAGGCAAGGGUUCGUCAGAAAUUAAUACUAAAAAGUAAAGAUACUCUUGGUGCACCAAAAUCCAAACAGGUGAUAAUGUUUAUUGAUGAUCUGAAUAUGCCAAUACCAGAGGAGUAUGGUGCCCAGCCACCACUUGAAACAAUCAGACAGUUUUUAGAUUUAGGAGGUUUUUAUGACACUAAGCAACUUGCAUGGAAGAAUAUCCAGGAUGUCUCACUGGUUGCAGACUGUGCCCCUCCAAGUGGUGGAAGAAAUGAGAUUAGCCCACGUCUUCUCACACACUUUUGUCUGUUGGUUCUGCCUCAACCUUCCUUACAAUCCUUACAACGUAUUUUCCAGGUUCAUCUGGGAACAUACUUGUAUAACAACAGAUUCUUAUCUGAGGUUCAGAAAUGCAAUGACUUUCUAACUUCCUCUUCCAUAGCUGUAUACUAUAGUAUGUGCCGCAGCAUGCUCCCAACGCCAGCUAAGUGCCACUAUACAUUUAAUCUACGAGAUCUCUUCAAGGUGCUCCAGGGGUUGUUGCAAGCCCACAGGUCUGUUAUUGUCUCAAAUGAAACUGCAGCUCUUCUCUUUGUGCAUGAAACAACCCGAGUAUUCCAUGAUCGCCUGAUUGAAUCUGCUGAAAGAGAGAUUUUUUAUCAGUUUCUUGCAAAUGAACUCCAUAACUAUUUUAAGAUCACAUGGACCAAAGAAAAAUUGAUGGAGGAGUCUACCAUAUUUGUGGAUUUUCUGGAUAUGAACACACCUCUUGAAAGUAAAAUCUAUCGAAACAUCACUAACUAUGAAAAACUUGUUUCUGUCUUGGAAGAAUUUCAAACUAAAAUGAACUCAACGAGUACUAAGGUAUAAAAAACAGAUGGCUUGUUAUCUACUUCAAUGGUGUUCUUUAAGGAAGCUGUAGAACACACUACAAGGGCUGCUAGAGUCUUUCGGCAACCAGGCGGCCACAUGAUGCUAGUUGGCCUGGAUGGAAAUGGGAAAAUAACCUGUGCGACCCUAGCCUGUUAUUUAUCAAACUGUAGUCUCUUUAGAUUGUCUGUUACCCACAGUUACAGCUACACAGAUUUCAUAGAGGACCUGAAAAGAGUCUAUAGACAAACAGGGCUGGAGGGCCAGAACACUGUUUUGCUCAUCACUGAUUCAGAUAUAGUUCAGGAUUCUUUUUUAGAACAUUUGAGCUUCAUUCUGAAUUCUGGAGAAGUGCUUGAUUUAUUUGAUAAGGAGGAGUUGGAAGGUAUUGUUGUGAAGCUUACAGCUGUUGCCGAAAAGGCUAACUACUCUAACAGCAGAGAAGCAAUUCUUUCAUUUUUCAUGCAGAGAGUACAUAGCAAGCUUCAUAUUGUUUUGACGACAAGUCCUGCAGGACUUAACUUCCGUCAACUUUGUCGGAUAUAUCCUUCCAUUGUUAAUUGCUCUACCAUUGACUGGUACAACAACUGGCCUGAAGAAGCUCUCCUGCAUGUUGCAAAAAGCUACUUUAGCCAUGAAGACAUUUGUGAUGACAGUGAGAACUUAACAAACAUGGUUGCCCAGGUAUGUGUUGAAAUCCACAAAAGUGCAUCUACAACAAUGGAGAAAUAUUUGAAGGAAACUAAAAGGCACUACUACAUCACUCCUAAUAGCUAUUUGCAAUUCAUAGACACCUUUUUAAGCAUAUUACAGAGCACAAAAAAGAAAAGUCUGUUUAACAGGGCUUGUUUUUACAAUGGUCUGACCAAGCUUCUGGAAGCAACAUCAUUGGUUGCAGAAAUGCAAGAAGAGUUGCUUACCCUGGGCCCUCAGAUAGAGCAAAAAUCAAAGGAGAUAGAAGAACUCGUGGAAAAACUUCAUAGAGACUCACUAGUAGUGGAGCAGGUUCGAACUCUUGUUAAACAGGAUGAAGAAAUCAUGGCUGAGGAAACAAAAGUUGUGGAAGAAUACGCUCGGCAAGCAACUGAAGAGCUAAAUGCUGUAUUGCCAGCUUUAGAAAAGGCCCUCGCUGCUCUAGAUGCAUUGGACAAAGCUCACAUUGCAGAACUCAGAGUAUAUACUCAUCCUCCUCCUCUUGUACUAACUGUUAUGAAUGCAGUUUGCAUUCUUCUGCAAAAAAAACCUAGUUGGGCAACAACAAAGCUCCUCCUUGCAGAUGCAGGAUUCCUCAAAAAAUUGGUUACUCUGGAUAAAGAUAAUCUACCAGAAAAGGUGUUUCUGCAAUUGAAAAGAUAUGUAAGAUCACCUGACUUUAGCCCAUCAAAAGUGGGACUAGUGUCUAUUGCCUGUUGCUCCAUGUGUCACUGGAUUUUAGCUUUAGAUCACUACCACGAAGUACAAAAGUUGAUGAAGCCAAAACAAAUCCGGGUUACAGAAGCUCAGGAAGUACUAAGACUUGCCCAUCAAAAACUGGAUGAAAAACAAAGAAGUUUGGCCUUGAUUGAAGAACAUGAACAGAAUUUAGAGGCAAGCUAUCAAGAGAGCAUAGCCCAGAAAGAAAUGCUAGCAACUCGAAAGCAACUGGCAACUCAGCGUCUACACAGAGCAUCUAUAUUAAGCACAGCUCUGGCGGAUGAGAUGGAGCGAUGGAAAGAAUCAGUUAAUAACCUGGACGAAAGGCUGCAAGGUAUUAUGGGUGAUGCCCUUGUUUCAGCAGCAUGCAUCAUCUACAGUGGAGUGUUAUCAGCAGAAUAUCGUCAGCAGCUAAUAAAUGAAUGUCUGAGAUUGUGUAAUGAGAAUAUCAUUCCCGUGUCUCCAAAUUAUUCCCUAAUAACAGCUAUGACAGAAAAAAAUGAGGUCAGUAAAUGGCAAAAUGAAGGUUUGCCUCUCGACCAGUACUCCAUUGAGAAUGCUAUCCUUGUUAAGAAUGGACAACGUUGGCCUUUACUAAUUGAUCCACAGAAACAGGCUUACAAAUGGAUUUGUCAAAUGGAGGGAGACAGGCUACGACAAAUUCAUACUUCUGAUUCCAAUUACUUAAGAACUUUAGAAAAUGCCAUGCGAAUUGGAGACUCCAUUCUGCUACAGGAUCUUGCUGAAACUUUGGAUUCAAAUUUAAAGCCAAUCUUAAGAAAGGAAAUCUACAGUAGAGGAGGUAGAGACUUCAUCAGGAUUGGAGAUGCUGAAAUUGAAUACAACCACAACUUUAGAUUAUACAUAACGAUGCAAAAAGCCAAUCCCCAUUUUCUUCCUGCAGUUUGUAACAUGGUCACAAUGAUCAACUUCACUGUAACAUUCCAAGGUCUGCAGGACCAACUGUUGUCCACUGUAGUAAUUCAUGAAACACCCCAGUUAGAGCAACAACGUUGUGAGUUAUUGGAGAGUAUCUCUGCUGACCAAAUCACACUCCGAGAACUGGAACAAAAGUCACUUAAACUGCUCCAGAAAACAGAAGGGCACAUAUUAGAUGACCAGGACCUCAUUGACAACUUACAAAGAACAAAAGUUACUUCAAAAGAGAUUUUUGAGCGUGUUGAAGCAUCAGCAAAAACAGAGGCCACAAUUGAAAAAACACGUAAAAACUAUCUCCCUAUUGCAACUCGAGGUGCUGUGCUCUACUUUGUAGUGGCAGAUCUUAUUAAGAUCAACUAUAUGUAUCAGUUUUCAUUGGAGUGGUUCCAUAAAAUCUUUGUAGAAUCUAUGGAUUUUGUGAAUAAACUGCAAAGUCAAAUUUCUCUGUCAGAUUCGACUUCUUCUGUAUGUGGAACAGUACGAGCCCUUAGCAGGCAGAGAAAAAGGCAUUUCACCCAAGAGCACUGGGAAGAAUGUGAGAAUGAGACAGACAGCUUUAACAGGCAUCUUAAAGAUAUAAUUGACAUGUUGACAAAUAAUGUUUAUAAGACAGUUUCUUCUGCCCUCUUCACUGAAAACCAACUCUGCUUCUCUUUCCUACUCUGCACUAAGAUCAUGCAGAAUAACUGUGGUGAAAAUCAGGCCCAAGACAAACUUGGAUUCCUACCUGUGAAUGAGUGGAACUUCUUCCUGUACUCCAGCAUGUUGGCAAAUAUUAUGGAUACACAAUCAGAGUUAGAAAAUUAUGGUUCAUAUAUGUUUAAUAAAACUCCUCAUCUCUGGAUUACUGAAUCUAUGUGGAAGGAAUGUCAGUACAUGAGCACUCACAUGCAACCUUUCAAUCUCUUGUGUGACUCCCUUGCAUCAAAUUCCCAACAAUGGAGUUCUUUCCUAAACAGUGGUAACUUAUAUUAUUUACUUAGCACACGUUACAGACCAGCAUCGUCACAACAAGAUACAGACCUGCAAUCAGAUGCACUGAAAAAAAGAAUUGGGCUUGAUAGUGCCGUGGUAGACUUUCAUUGGGAGAAUCUUUCGUCAUUUCAAAGAAUUAUAUUGAUUAAAAUUCUCAGACCAGGAAGUUUAAAUAGUGCAAUACGAGAGUUUGUUAUUGAGAAAUUAGGAGCCAGAUAUCUUCAGACUGGAGGGAUUAACUUGAAAGAAGUGUAUGAAGAUUCCAGUGCCACAACUCCAUUAAUAUUUAUUCAUUCUCAUGGAAUAGACCCAGCAGCUCACCUUCUGCGCCUUGCACAGGAAAUAAAAGGAAGCACACAGCAUGUGAAAAUGGUUUCUUUGGGACGUGGUCAGGGAAGCAAAGCUGAAGAUUUGAUACAUAAAGCACAGCUGUUGAGUGGACAAUGGGUUUUCCUCCAAAACUGCCAUCUUGCUGCAUCAUUUAUGCCCAGGCUUUGUACAAUUGUUGAUUCAUUUACCCAGCCAAACAUAAACAUGGAUCCUCAGUUUAGACUAUGGUUAAGUUCCACACCUGAUCCUUCUUUCCCCAUACCUAUCCUGCAGAAAGGUUUUAAGAUGGCAAUAGAACCACCUCAGGGUCUGAAGGGAAAAUUACUUCAGACAUUUGGAUACAGUGGCAGCGGAGAGGUAACGGAAAUUAUCUUCAACAAGGUUGAAUGUGGCUUAUCAUGGAAGAAGCUGGUGUUCAGCCUGUGUUUCUUCAAUGCUGUAGUCCAUGAAAGAAAAAAAUAUGGAGCUUUGGGCUGGAAUGUCCCAUAUGAAUUUAACUCUUCCGAUUUAGAAGUUUCCAUACAGAUGUUGGGGAUGCUUCUGGCAAACCAAGAACAGAUUCCUUGGCAAGCAAUAUGUUAUCUUACUGGAGAGAUAGCUUAUGGAGGUCGUGUGACUGACCACUGGGACCGUCGUUGCUUGCUCAGCAUUCUGAACAAUUUCUAUAGCCCUGUUGUACUGCAGGAGGGUUUCGCUUACUCUAGUGACGGGGUAUAUCGACCCGUAUCUGCCACAGAUAGCUUACAAGACUGUAGAGCCUAUUUAGAGUCUCUGCCAGACACUGAUUCACCAGAGCUAUUUGGAAUGCACGCCUGUGCUGGAAGAGCAUUCCUGGAAUCUCAGGCACAAACCUUUAUUGAUACCAUUGUCAGUAUGCAGCCAGGAAUCAGCAUGGACACCCUGAUCAUCAGUGGUGGAAAGAGCCCAGAUGAAUUAGUACUGGAAAUAGCUUCUGACAUUCUAAGACAGCUGCCACUCACUGUAGAGGAACAAGAUACAGAACUGACACCUGGAACUGAACAUUCCUCCAAAAUGAAAAUCACACUGGGAAGCUUACUGUCAGGCCCCAUUUGGGCUGCUCUUGCAAAAGCGACUAAAGGACAUGAUCCUUUUAUCAAUUCAGCUUUGUUAACUGUUCUUCGCCAGGAGAUUGACCGAUUUAAUCAUUUAUUGUCUGUAAUAACCAUAUCAUUGCAUUCACUUCAACGAGCUAUGAAAGGAGAGAUUAUCUUCACUACAGGGUUAGAAGAACUUUAUAACUCAGUUUUGAAGUCCAAGGUGCCUGAGUUCUGGCAGCUAUAUUCCUAUAUGUCAAAUAAGUCUUUGGGAUCAUGGAUUGAUGACCUUAUUCUACGAGUGAAUUUCUUUGCAAUCUGGGCAAACCAGGUCAUCAGCUGUAUACAAUUAAGGUAUAACAGCUUAAUGAUGCUUCAGAAACAAGCCAAAACAUCUGGGAUUUCAUUUUCAUCACCGACUGGCGAUAGACCCAACAUAUCCACCAACAGCAUUCAGGGAAAUCCUAGUCGCUUCUGGCUUUCAGGGUUUUUUUUCCCACAAGGUACACUAAUUGUUGUGUAUUUUAUUCCUGCAGGGUUUCUUACUGCUGUGCUGCAGAACUAUGCUCGUCAAAAUGGAAUCUCGGUGGAUUCUCUAACUUUUGGCCAUAGACUGCUUCCUACAAUCCACGCUGAAGACUGCAACCUCAGAGAAGUCAAAAGAAAACAAAAUAUAAUACAAACCGCAUUUAAGGGACCUUCCCCACCUGAAAAUGGUGUUCUAGUUUUUGGUUUAUAUAUAGAUGGUGCACGAUGGAGUCCUACUACACAUGUGCUGGAAGAACCCUUUCUUCAUGACAGAUUUUAUCCACUCCCUGAAAUAGUGUUUUUACCACAACAGAUUAUCCAAACAAGACACACAUGUCCAGAUGAGGAACAAAGAGAACUAAUGCAUUAUGAAUGUCCACUUUACCGGACUCCUCAAAGAGCUGGAAUCUUGUUAUCUACAGGUCUGUCCACUAACUUUGUAACAACAAUCAGUCUACCAACCAAAAGAACUUCCAGUCAUUGGGUUACAAGGGGGGUUGCAAUGCUGUGCCAACUGGAUGACUGACAAAUUGAAAAAACAAAACAAAACAAAAAACACCAUUUAUUGUUCAUGAAACCACAUUUUAUCUGCUGUACAACUAAGAUUAGGGAGUGUAAUGGUUUCAAAAGCAUUAGGAGUACUAGUAGUCAGUCAGCUAGUUACUGUACAAAUACGAUCAAGAUAAUGUAGUACCUUCAGCACUCCUUGCGUUAAAUAAAUGUUAUUUAAAAAUCCGUAGUUUGAUGUACAGCAUGACACUUUGUUCCUACUUUGGUUUUAUCCAUUCGCUCACCAACCUGGUAUCUGAUUAUUCAUCUGAAGCAGUGUGUUUAAGUUUUAUAACUACGCACCAUCUCGGUAUAGGCUAGACAGGAAAGUAGAGCAUUCUAAGUAGCUUUAUUUAUGAUUUAACGCUAUGAUUGAAAUUAAAGAACACAGUUGUUAACUGUUCCAAGAGAAGACCUUUUUCAUAGUAUUAAAAGUGUAUUCCUCACUUCCAUCCAUGGUAGUUUAAG